AUGCAUCCACUCACUAUCCUCGUGCCACUCAUCCUGGCCACUGGAGCCCACGCUGCAGUCUUGCUUCGAGUUCCUACCUUGAACCACUUUGCCAUGCAAGAUGCCCUGAUGUCACCAGCAAGUAUCAACGCUGUCGGCAACACGUGCGGCCCAACCCAAGGCAGGUGUGAUCCCGACGUUCCUGGCGGAGGCUGGUGCUGUUCUGUCCAUGGCUAUUGUGGCAAUAACUCCGAAUACUGCGGCGAAGGUUGUCAAGAUGAAUUUGGGAUAUGUGGUGUUGAGAAUGUGCCGCAACCGACAUCCACUACAUCCCCAAGUCCCAGUCCAACCGCCCCCGCUGCACAACGCUGUGGCUUGGAAGGGGAUAACGAAAAGUGUCCUGCUGGUCAAUGCUGCUCGCAUACGGGCUGGUGUGGCACUGGCAAGGACUUUUGCUCUGUUCCCAUGAAUUGUCAACUUGGCUUUGGCUGGUGUGACUCUGACGUGAAUCCUGAUGGCCCUAGCCUUUCCAGCGAACAGCGAACAAAGGUAGGCGCAGUGCCGUAUGGCAAAGCCAUCACCCGUUGCACAAAACCUGGAGUCAUCGCCUUGACCUUUGACGAUGGUCCAUCGGAGGAUACGGCAAAACUUCUCGACAUUCUCCAUGAUAAAAAAGCGAAGGCGACAUUCUUCAUUCCCGGCAUUGCCAAUGGAAGAGGCCAGAUUGACACAACCAAGACACGGAUGGAGACCAUCAAACGCAUGUUGCAAGAUGGUCAUCAGAUCGGAUCUCACAGCUGGUCCCAUUUUGAUCUGGAAACGCUGACUUCGGAGGAGCGGAAGACGGACCUGACCAAGAACGAGAGAGCCAUUGCCAACAUUCUCAACAAGUUCCCAACUUAUAUGAGACCGCCAUACAUGAAGUGUACCAAUGAGACUGGCUGCUUGACAGAUCUGACAGCCUUGGGCUAUCACAUUGUCUCCUACUCAGUAGACAGCAGCGACUGGAACCACCCCGAAGACUUUGAUGCCAUGAAGAAGACAUUUGAUGAUGCUCUGAACCAGACUCCUCAGAAUGGCAACAUGCUCCUCAUUCAACAUGACCCUAUCCAUAAAUCUGCCAUUGAUCUUACCAAGCACGUGUUGGACGCCGUCAGCCAGAAAGGAUGGAAAGCUGUCACUGUUGGAGAAUGUCUCGAAGACCCUGCCACAAACUGGUAUCGUACUCCGGAAAAGUCCCGUCCAGCCUCUAUGGCUUUGGGCGCUUGUAUGAUCUCCAAGGACGGGUACUGCGGAACUCUGGACUAUUUCAAGGACAAAUUGGAAUGCUGGAAUAGCUCGAAGAAAUGCUUUGAUGACGCAAAGAAGUGUAUGGAUGAUAAAAAGCGCGUCAACAAGAGCCCGUGUCAAGACAUGGAUGAUGUGUGCAAGCAGCUUCUCGAUCAUUGCACUCAGUGUGAAGUUACAACCAGCAGCAUGACAACUUGCGCUUCUUGCGGACCAAGCAUCGGAUUCAAGACACGCAGCACUGCGAAUUCGUGUGCUAUGCAGGGCUUGACGAUUGACAAUCCAAAGGCAUGA